AGUGGCAGAAGCACCAACCAGGGCGUGUCUUCCCUGCCCCUUCCUCUUCCUUUCUCUUCUCUGCAGCGUCCGCUCCUUCUCGCUGCUGCUACUCCUUAGACUGCCUUGCCUUGCCUUGCCUUGCUUGCUCGGAGUUAUUAAUGCUCUGCUGCCAGGCAACAACAACAACACUCAGGUCCAGUGGAGCAGUAAUUGUUGGAGUAGGUGUGUAAACGUUCGUUAUGGCUGAGGUGGAAGAGUUCCGGUGCUUCGUUGGAGGUCUGUCGUGGAAUACCACGGAUAAAGGAUUAGAAGAAGAGUUCCGGCGCUUUGGUAACGUCCUUGAGGCCAAGGUUAUCGUCGACAAAGAAACAGGCCACUCUCGAGGGUUCGGGUUUGUAAACUUCGGAGAUGAGCGUUCGAUGGAUGAGGCCAUAGAGCGCCUUCACGGCAAGGAACUUGACGGUCGUCCCAUUACUGUAAAUCGUGCUAAACCUAAAGGCAGGGACGGUGGAGGUGAUCGUGGAGGUGGUGGUGGAGGUGGUGGUGGAGGUGGUGGUAAAGGUGGAGGCGGUGGUGGUGGUGGUGGUGGUGGCGGAGGAGGCGAUUGCUUCAAGUGCGGACAACCUGGCCACUGGGCACGUGAAUGCCCAACUGGUGGAGGUGAUCGCGGUGGUGGUGGCCGGUACUCUGGUCGCGAUCGCUAUGACAGUGGAAGCGACCGGUAUGGUGUAGGAGAUCGAUAUGGCAGCGGUGGAGGUGGCGGCCGUUAUGGUGGUGGCCGUGGAAGUGAUCGUUAUGGUGACCGCUCUGGGGGACCUGACCGUAAGAAUGGCGGACCUUAUAACAGAGAGAAUCGUAUUGAAUACGAUCGUGACAGGGACAGCAGCCGAGGCGGUGAUCGUUACUCAGGUGGUGAUCGAUAUGCUAGUGCGGGAGGAGGUGCCUCACGUUAUGAGGGAAGCACUAGAGAUCGAUCAGGGCCAUAUGAUCGGCCCAUUGGUGGAUCUCGAGGUCAUGAUGACCGUUAUUGAGAAGAGACUACUAUGCUGAAGAUGGUACCCCGCUGUAUGGACGACUUUUUUACGUCAGCCGAAGAAAGAAGUCCUUUGGUUUUGCCUGCAACCAGCUAUAAAUAGAGUGCUAGUUAUGAAGAAAGCAUGUUGUAUUUCUGACUGUUCAUUUGGUGCGAGUUGAGAAACCAGAGCCAGGCAAAGUGAUGAUGAAGAGGAUUGGUUUGACCUUUGGGGCUUGUGGUAGAGGUUUGGAGUCACCAAUGGCGGAAAACUUUACCAGUUGCAUUCAGCGCUUUUUUUGCUCGGAUGUGCCGAUUGACCUGGAUGUCUGGUCUUCUGAGAUUUCUUAUUCUAUACCCCGCAAAAUUUGAAGUACUCAUUGGCAGUGUACUCCGUAUCCAUCUGGUCCCAGCUCCAUGUGCUUGGUUCUGCAGCAAUUCAUUACCUGUUGAUAUAUCUGGUCCUUUCCUGUGAUUUUGGGGAGCAUUGACGGCCGCUGGACACUAGAGCAGUGUAAGUUGGGCGGCGGAUACAUGUGGUGCAUUGUGGGUAGGGUAUGUGGUUUGUGGGGACAUGGACCUCUACUCUGGCAAGAGGACGUCACAGGCUGGUAUUGGCCACCAAUACUUUUGCCGCUUGGAAUUGGAUGGUUGGUUCUGAUUGAGUGUUUGCAGGGAAGGAAGGUCAGUAUUUCAUUUCUUUUUUUUGUAAUUUUCGUUUGCUCAAAUCAUGAGGAAGGCUUUACGUUUCGUUAGCUGUCCUUCAUUCUCAUGUAUUUCAAAAGUGUUUCCAUUUAUAGAUUAUCAAUCUGUUACUGAGGUUGUGGGGGGUUGGCUGGAGCUACAGGGGAUGCAACAAACUGGGUCACCCUUUGUAGCAUCCGUUCCUGAAGGACUUCCACAGUUUUUUUUGACGCCCGGUUAAUGAUUUCGGUAUCUGCAUGAUUGUCUGGGGGAUCAGUGUUGGGCAGCGUGGAGGCUAGAGGUUGUAUGGCGGAGAAAUGACUGGGUUGGUGUAGAAGGUGUCAUCAUCUAAGAGGUGGAAGUGUCUUUUCUGUUCGGAUGUUGGCUCACAAUUGCGACAAGUUUCUUCCUGUCGCAAGUGCAGUUCCUACGCGUUCCUUUAUCUAGUGAACUUCUGUUCAAUCCAUCAAUGAAUGAAGGUGUCAUCCAUGCUGCAGCACACAUAAUUAUCCGAGGAUACAAAGUUCUACCUCAGAAGAUGGCCAUUGCACUGUUUGCUUUUGCGACGUGUUCUUUCCAGAGUUGGGUACCCGUUGACUGGUCUGGUGUUCUUCGAUUACCCAAAUCCAUAAAUGGAGGUGUUAUUUGUGCUGCGAUUCGCCUUAGUAGCCAAGGGUUGCAGUAUGUCUUCGGAAUCUGGCCGCUCUGUUGAAUGCUUUUCAACUUGAUCGAGGGUUGAUUCUUCAGCAAUUGGAAUCUUUUCGUCAUAUUGCUUCUGAAACAGAUCUCAGUUUACGGUUUACUCCAAGGGGAUUGCUGAUCGGACCCUUGCUGCCGGUAAGAUCCGCAGUUGAAAAGUGACAUAUGGCCAGCAGCACUUCUAUGAAUCGCAUGAUAAGACAAGUGAAGGUAACAUUUCUUUAAGCUGUACCCCUGGUGAGUUCAAGGUUUUGUGAUUGCCUCUGGUUUAAUCUGUCGUUGACAAACUGCUAUUCCUUAGUUUUACGUUUUGUAGGUUGUAUCUGUUUUUUUUCCUGUUUUCUGAUGUGCAUUUCAGGUUCGUCGACAUGGAGCACAAAGGGAGGUUUGUGUCUAGGAUGAGUACAAGUUCCUUACUGUGGACUUGGUAACUGAGUGGGCAUCUACUUACUGGUCCAUUACUGAAUAAUGACCAGGACGUGGUUAUAGUUCAAGUUGUAUUCAAGUAGUUGGCCAGGCAGCAAUUCCAUUCGUCAAAUCGCCUGAGCUUUUUGUUCAAUUUUUGGUUAAUGUUCCGAAUGAACUGAGAUUUUGGUUAUUCCUCAGCUCA